AUGAGAUGUCUUAGACAGUUCAUUACGGAAGAAUGGGGCAAUUCAGGACAAUCUAAAGAUUUCCAAGAGCGAUUGAACGCGAUUGUUGCUACUGGUGGGAUUGAUAUUGUGAAGGUCUUGGAUAAUUGCCAAGUAAUACCUAACAGAUUGCGAAUUAAUUGUCCAUUCAUUCUAGCAGAUUCUCAUGGAGAAUUGGUGGACAAAAUUAUUAUCUACCUGAUUCAAAGUGGAGCUUCUAAUAAUGUUUUAUCGGGAGGUUAUAAGAUAGCGAGGAAUGAACAGAUCAAUAGAUCUGUUCAUUGCGAAGCAACAAAUUCGAGUGUCAAAAAACUUAAAAGUGGAGCUUGGCGUGCCAUUGCUGGUGUGCUGGGCCCUGAGCUGUUUACCGAACUUCUGAUAAAUCAUAGCAUUUUUGAAUCCCAUGGAACUCAUAUGAACCAAAUAUCGGGCACUCAGCCCGACAAACGGGGGCUUUCUGAUGUACAAGAUCUUACCAGCGGUAAAACAAUUCGCAAGUGCGCAUCAUUAGAACCGCUUCUUUACAAGGAUAAACAAACUGGGACAGCUUUCUCAAUCCUACCUACAAAUGCAACACUCUGGCUAGAGGACGUUUUGAAAGAUGCCAAGCUCAUGGCUCGCGAUCUCGAUGCGGUGAAUAUAGCGCGACUUCGUUUUCUAUUUUCAGUGGCCGUCAAACGUCAUAAGAAACUGAAUUACCGCGCAAUUGUUGAUAAACUCUGCCCAGGAAAUUGGCCCGCAAAUGCGCAGUCUAAUUUUGAUUAUCAGACUGACAAAAAAAACGUUGUCAAGUUUAUCGUGGCGGCCACAAACAAUUUGUUUCCGUAUCAAUUGUUUGGAAAUAAAUCAAAUCGUUCCAAAGUUUACGCGAAGCUGGCGGUAUUCUUGCAGCUCAAGGUAAAUGAGGAACUUCCAUUCCAAAUUAUAACUCACAAAUUUCGCUGGAAGGAGUUAUCGAAGAGUAACGUUUUACGUGAACGUGGACCGCGUGCCCUUUCAAUUAACGUUGAAAUCGGUGAAGCUUUCAUCCGUUUUGUGUUCAAAAAUUUCAUACCACGCCUGUUGAAGGCCUUCUUUCAUGUUACUGAAGAACUCUUGACUAAGAAGGCAAUUUUCUUCAAGCAUGAGACAUGGUCUCGCAUGACAAGACCAUUUCUUCAGAAUUAUACGCUGAAAUACCUGAAAACAAAGUCUCUCAGUGGUCACCUAGUGGGGGACAGAUUUUCGAGUUCUCCUUCUGGGUCCCUACGUCUGAUUCCAAAACCUUCUUUAGGCUGUUUUAGAGUUAUCUAUGUUUCCGCAAAAUGUCGUAAUAUGGAAGAAAAGGCAUUUUGGAGAGAGUACCAGAGGCGCAAGUUGAAACCAACACUUUGCAUUCUCAAUCACUUGAAGAAAGUGCAUUUUCCAGAAUCGACGACUCUGAAAUCGCCAAACGAUAUACCCGAACGCUUGCGUCAUUUCAAGAACUCAUUUCUUCAGGAAGGUAAAUCAUUGUCAGAUUUGCAUUAUAUUAAGUUUGACAUCAGGGACUGUUACGACUCAGUACCUGUUUCCAAAGUUCAUUCACUCAUCCUCGAUGCCUUUAAGGAAGAAACUGACUUUGUUGUUCGUUCCGGAUUGGUAUUUACGCCAAGUACUGAAAAGAUUCGUAGAGUCAAAAGCAUUAAUGGUUCCAGCAAAUAUAUUCGAAACACGACAUAUGUUGAUCAUUCGGCGGCUAUUCACAUAACUAAGGAGGUGUUGCUCGAUGUUGUCAGGAGAGAACUCUCUGAAAUACAAAUAAACAUUGGAGGUAAUCGUUUCGUUCGCAAAGAAGGAAUUUUUCAAGGAGCCGCAUUAUCUGCAACGUUCGUUGAUUAUUUGUAUGAGGACUUGGUAUCGCAUUACGAUGAAUUCCGCCAAGAGAAAGGUACCAGCUUACUCUUGCGUCUUGCCGAUGAUUUUUUGAUGAUCUCAACUGAAAGUAGUCAAAUUAACAAGCUGAAGAACCUUGUCAAAAAGGGAUUUCCCGACUACAAUGCCAUCGUCAACGAAAGCAAGGUCCAGUAUUCCGGUGGGCUACCUCACGAGCAUAUCAUAAAGUUUUGCGGAUUAAACAUAGAUUCCCGAUCUCUCGAUUGUUACAAAAGCUCAGAGAUGCUUAAUGUCACGCGCUUUUACUCACUGUCGGCGAAUGCGAUCUAUGCUUCAUUGUUGAACACGUAUCGCCGGCGACUGAUCGGUAAUCUAUUCAUCUUCGAAUUGAAUAGCUGGUCAUCUAUUUUGAAGCAUUUGGAAGCCAAUGUUGCCAAUAUCGCCGAGUCUUUUGUAAGGUCAACUAAGUACCUAGAUCUCGAGCUUCACACCUUCAAAGCGUUUUAUGACGAAAUGCUAUCGGUCACUUUGAGGCUUUGUUUGCGGGGUAAUGUCAGUUCAUCCAGAAAAAAGUUGGUAGAGACCGCUAUUGAACAAAUAAUAUGGAGAAGUGUUGUCGAAAAGCUUCCUUUUAACCAAGUUAUGCCACUCAGGACCCUGGAACUGAUUGAUGAGUUCUGA